AUGUCUCCGCCGAUCUUGAAGACUCAUGCCGGACAAUUUCGCGGGGAAUCGGUGAGAUUGGGUAAUGGUGAGGAAGUCGAUGCCUUUUAUGGGGUUCCAUUUGCCAAACCUCCGGUCGGAGAGCUCAGAUUGGAAGUGAGUUUGAGGCGAAUGCCUUUAUGAGUACUGGAAUUUUUUGAUUUCUUUUGUUUGCUGUGAUUUUUUGAGUUUCUUUAUUUCUGGGGUACUGUAAUUUUUUUUAAAGAUAAGUUUUUUAUUGUAAGAUUUUUUAGAAGCCAGUCCCAUUGGAGAAAAGUAACCAAGUUUUUGAAGCCUUGGCCUUUAAGAAGACCUGUAUUCAGCCAGCCUUUUCUUUGCACAAGGACAACAGCGAAGACAGUUUGUAUUUAAAUUGCUAUCGACCGAAAGGAGAGGUGAGUUGGUAUAAAAAAUCAAUGGCGCUACGACUUUUUGGGUCAACGCAAAAUUAAUAUAAUAGAUACGGGGCGUAUGGCAGGUGGAUUCUUGAAAAAAGGUUGUUGUAAGUGCCUACGAGGCCUGGCAAACCCGUUGGAUGAUCGGCGAAGGCUCGGCGGAGACUUGGCGAAGACUUGCAGGGGUCCUACUCAUGUCCACCUUUCAAAUUUUAUCUAUUACUAUCCUGAGUUACUGUAGCAUAUAAAAGACCAAAAUUUCCAGCAAAAGACGGAGAUCCGUAACUUUUGUGCCAAAAUUUUCUAUGAAAAAAAUUUAAUACUAAUAAUAUUUUUAGGGUCCCUUCCCAGCCUUCGUCUGGCUUCACGGCGGCUCUCUUCAGACCGGCUCCGGUGCCGAAAGUUUCACCAAGUAUGCGGCGGAGCAUUUUGCGGCUAAAGGAAUCGUCCUCAUAACGCCUCAGUACCGCGUCAGUUUCCUCGGCUUCUCCUCGCUGGAUCAUCCCGAUUACCCGGGGAAUCUGGGCCUCUGGGAUGCGACCGAAGCCCUGCGGUUUGUCCGCCAAAACGCGGAUGGAUUCUCGGUGGAUGUGAAUAGAAUAACGUUGUGUGGAAUCAGCAGUGGCGCUGGGUUGGUGUCGGUGAUGUCGGUGAGCCCGGUGAGCCGGGAUUUGUUCCAACAAUGCAUUCAACUGAGUGGAAGUUCGUUUAUGGACUUGGUAAGCGGGAAAUAAAAGUUUUUGGGGUCACUAAAGGAUGUAUAAAAAAAUUUUCGAAGCUUUAUGGAUCUGUUUUGGUCGAAAAAGAAGGAAACUUGUAUAUUAGAAAUUAUAACCAGUAUUUUUUUAUAACAGAUCUGAGAUUUUUAGCUCGUUUUUUAAAAGAAUUAUCGCCAUUUUUUAUUCGCAACUUGUGCCCAAUUUACGAGUCGGUCCGUAAAGUCGCUGGAGUAAUUUUUUGCUUUUGCACUAUGCAAAAAAGUGGGUGCGAGCGACAGCCCAAAAGCCCUAUUGCACGGUGAAAAAAGCAAAAAAUUGCAAGUGCAAAGCGAAACUUUUGCUUUUCGCACGGUGCGGCAGACUGACCGACCUUUGCUGUUUGCUAAGUGCGAAAAAACGGCAGGGUGCGAGCGACAGCCCAAAAGCCCUAUUGCACGGUACAAUGUUUUAUUCUUUGUUUUUGUACGGUGCAUGUCGCUUGUCCUUAACGUUAUUUGUAAUCUAACAGGGGAAGUACUCCAAGUGCGACGCUCAGAUUUUGAUGAAACUUGGCACAAAUAUUAGAAUAUUUUUUUCUAAGAUAUAUGCCAGAAUCCUAGCUCGUGCUUUGCAGAAACAACCGAGAUUUUUAGAUCAAAAGUCGGCUAAAAUUUAGGACUUUUUGCCGAAUUUCGGCACGAAAAGUUUCUGUUUCAUGCCUAUUUCAACCGAAAAGGAUAAUGUUUCUACAAAAAACCUAUUUUUUCCGCAGGAAACUGCCAAAGUUAUGUCCAAAAAGCGCUUUUCUCUCUGACCGCUCUCCACGUUUUGCGUGCUCUCUCGGCGGCGCCCGCAAAGCGCGAGCUAAAACUUUCAGGAAUUGAUAUCUAGUCCAUACCCGACGUGUGUGCAAAAUUUAAAGAAAAUCUGAGCGUCGCACUUGGAGUACUUCCCCUGUAAGUCUGUUUUUCCAGAAUUUUAACCCCAACGCAAAACGAGCGACUUUGCGUGUACUCAAGACUCUUGGAAUAUCCCCCGAUGACCCGAAGAAAGUCAAAGAAGAGCUGAAAAAAUUGUCGGCGAGGGACAUUCAAAAUGCCGCGGAUCAAUCGGUAGGUCAUAAAAAUAAAACCACGAAAGUCUGGCAAAAAAAAAGAAAAUUUUUAAUUUUCAUGUUUUAAAAAAUUUUUCGGCCACAUUUAGACCGUUUUUGUCAAAACAAAAAAAAUCAAGUCCAGCUCCUAUUACGCGUUUUCUAAUGUAAAGUGCGUAGACUUGUUUUGGCCUGUUUUUGCUGCGCACAGUGCAUUUUGCGCGACGCGACACUUUUCGAAAUAAUUUUGCACCGUGCAAUUUCUUUUCGCGCGCCCAAAAUUUGCGACGAUUCAGUUGAGAAACGGCAGCCCGAAAAGGCCUACUGCACGGUGCAAAAAGCAAAAAAUUGCACAGUGCAAAGUUAACAUUUUUUUCUCACAGUGCAUGCCGCGAAAAUCAGUUCAGCAACUUUACGAAAGAACUAGAGUAUUUUUUCAGAGAGUCUGGCUCUAUCAAGGGGAACCUGCUUAUUUGGACUUCUUGAUCCGACAAGACAGACAAUUUAUUCCAUCCGAUAUCCCCGACCUUAUCAAGGAAUCCCCUCCCAAACCAACCUUGGCCAGUCUGGUGGAAAAUGAGGGGUUGCUGUUCAGUAAGAUUUAAUAUUCGUCAGAAUGAAACCAAUUUUCAGCCCUAUACUUCCCUAAAAUCCUCCAUCCACAUGCUUUAUCGCCGGCGGAACGAAAGAAUUACAGUUUGGAGGAUCUGAAACGAUUCAUUGCUUCGAUUAUUGUCCCGGAAGAGAUUUUCAAAGAGAAAUCGAAUGAGAUCAGAGAGAAAGUCCUCAAUUUCUAUUUGUCGUUGAAGCCGGGAGUCGAGAUUAGCAAAAAUUUGUUGUUGGAACUGCAUGGGAGAGUAAGAAAGAUUGGUUUUUUAAGGGCCUGAGAUCCUGAAACCGUGGGAAAAUUUAGAGUAGAGAUUUCUAAGACGCAUUUGAGAUUUUCCUUGCGUUUUGCAGAAACAAUCUAGAUUUUUGGAGUGAAAAAUUUGAUGAUUUUUUUGAGUUUCAAUUUAAAAAUUUUUGGUCGAUUAGUAGUUCUGAGUAAAGUUUUUGACAAAAAAUAAAUGUUUUACACAAAAUUAUCCAAGAUCUGGAGGAAAAAAUAAAGUUUUUGCGGGAGACCACGGAAAAUUAGGAGAGCAGUUAGAGAAAAGGGCCUUGUAAGCGAGAUAUUUGCGAAUUCUGCAAGGAAAAAAAAUUAUUUUUUUGUUGGAACAUGGCACUCAGAUUUUGAAAAUUUCAAUCUCGGUAAAAAAUUUCAAAUUGAAAAUCAAAAAAAAAAUUUUUUUGCCAUCGACCUAAAAAUCUUGAUUUUUUUGAAAAAUUUUGUUCUAAAUUUUGCCAAGUUUCGAAAAAAAAUUGAAAAUUUUUUUAAAAAUCUUAUUUUGUUUGAUAUUUUGUUAAAUUGGCAUGACAAACCUAAAAAAAUUGUAAUGAUUUUUUUGUCAUCAAAAAAUUUUUCAAAAAAAAAUUCACAUAAGCAAUUUUUUCAGAUCUUCGGAGACCUUCUCAUCGCAAUCCCCCAAUUGCUGGAGAUGCGUGAAAAAUUGGAGAAGAACUGGCCAAUUUAUCAGCUGAAAAAUGUCUACAACGAGUUUGUUGGAGACAAAUUGCAGCGGGUGGAAGUGAAACAGACCACCCACUCUUAUGAGAUUGAAUAUUUGUUCGGUGUGGGACCAUGGGGUCCGCAUAUUUUCACGGAGGGCGAUCGAAAAUUCAGCGAUAAUUUGAUUGGAUGCUUUGUCAAUUUUAUCAAAACUGGGUGGGUGUUGUGGAAAAGUUUUUUCAAAAUCUCAAAAAAAAAAAAAAAAAAAAAAAUUAUAAAUUUUAAUUUCAGCUCUCCGAAAUCCGACAAAUCCCCGAAUUUUGAGAAAAUUACUAAAGAAAAUCCGGAUGUUUACUCCAAAAUCAGCACUACGGUCACCAAGAAGACCGGACUUUAUGCCAAGGAAUUUGAAUUUUGGAGCUCGAUUGUCCGAGAUUACGGCUUCAACAUUAUCCGCGGCCUCGAUGAGAAGGGCAAAUUCAGAUGUGAGCUGCUGAAAAACAACGAAUCGUUUUAUCGACCGUAA